CUGGGCGCGGCAAGCGAGACGCGGGCCGGGCCUGCGCUCGGGGAUCGUUUGCUCUGGCCUGGCCGCGGCAGGCGAGGCCGGGCGGGCCACGGAUGGAGCCGCAGCAGCUGCCGGAGGCGGCGGGAUCCCCGCGCCACGCGCCGGCCGGAGCCGCCCCGGCCGGGAUCUCCCUGCACGAUUUCUGCGGGCGCGCGGGCGAGCAGCUCGUGCACUUCCACGCCAUGCGGCUGCGGGACUCGCUCUUCCUCUGGGUGGGGGCGGAGCCCGCGCUCCGCAGCCUGGCCGUGGCCAUGUGCAGCCCCCACGACUCCAUUCCAGUGUCUACAUCACUCCUGGGAGAUGCCUCUGACACCACCUCAAAUUCUCUAGCCCAGCGCCUAGCCAGGAAGACUAAAAAACAGAUCUUUGUCAGCUACAAUCUUCAGAAUACAGACAGCAGUUUCAUAUUACACAUAGAGAACAGAAUCAAGGAAGAAAUGAUGGCUUUUCCAGAGAAAUUCUAACUUUGCAGCAUUGUAAGCUACUUUGUUAAAGAAAUAAACUGACUGGAUUUCCAUAUUGACAGACAGAGUUAAUAUUUUGGCACUUUUUGGGUUUGUUUUACAAAAUUGUUUGGACCAAACUUGAAUAGAACUUAAAAAAUGUAUUUCUUCCAAACUUUGAGUUCCUCUGCUGUGUUAGAGAUGGGCUGAUGGCAGAGAAAGGGGUCUGUAGGAUAUGGGGAAGAAUGUUGUGAGUUAGCAAGAUAUUGUAAACUUGUAUAUGCAUGGAGCUUGACCUACCUGGAAAUUGUAAUCAGGGGAUGUUCUCUGGAUUUUGGUUGCACAUGUAACAUACUAUGUAUCCUAAUUAGAGCAAGAGAAAAUAAAUCUCUUCUAGUGCUUAUGUGAAAGCCUGGCAUGCUGUUGUGAAAAACCAGCAAAUUAAAUAAAAGGAAGUACAUUGACGUCACUUUCAUGAUGGGAGAAUGGCAGGAAUUUGUUCUUUCCAAAGGAGAAGGAUUUUUCCACUGAAAAGGAAAAAAAUGUUUGAUCCUAAAGUGUGCUUUCUUACUCAGUAUAUAUGCACUAUGUAACCAGAGUCGUGUCUGCUGCCGUUAGUGAUGUUUUCCUGUUAGUCGUGCAGGAUUCUGUUCCAUCUGUUACAACUCCUGCUGAAAAUGCAGGUGCAGAAAUGCACCUUCAGAGUCUAGGCGGAGUUGGUUGGACAGGUAGGAACAAAGGUCUCUCUCACAUGUAAAUUGAGCACAUUUGAUGAAGAAAUCAGUUAGAUGCAAUAGCCAUGGCCCACCACACUGCCACUUUUACACUCUUCAGAGUAGCACUUCACUUUAGAAGGGUAUUAAACAGGGGAAAAUACAGUGGGGUAGUUUGACAUUAAGGGCACUGGAAUAAGUAACUCUACCCAGGCAUUUGUAAGGGACCAGGGGAAACCUGGUACCGGUAGAAAUGAGUCUUUCUACCAGUGAUUGCUUUUAAUAUGCUGAAUGGACUGGAAAUUAGGAUUUUUUCCUCUUUCCCUUCACUGAGCCCUCUGUUAUCUCUCAAACCUUAAAUAACAGUUUCAGAUCCUUAAGUGAAAGAUGCCAUAUAUGUGCAAGCUAUUAUUAAAAGGGAGUUUUCUGAA